GUUUAUGUACGACCGUUAAGGCGGGUCUAUACCAAUAUUCCGACCACCAUUUGUGAAUCUUUCACGGAGACGGAGGGAGACUGACAGAGAAAAAGAGAAAAUGGCCGAUCAACUCACAGAGGAGCAAAUAGCCGAGUUCAAAGAGGCGUUCUCGCUAUUUGACAAAGAUGGGGAUGGUACCAUCACCACGAAAGAGCUGGGCACUGUCAUGCGCUCUCUUGGCCAGAACCCUACAGAGGCGGAGCUGCAGGAUAUGAUCAAUGAGGUGGAUGCAGAUGGUAAUGGAACAAUAGACUUUCCUGAGUUCCUGACGAUGAUGGCAAGAAAGAUGAAGGACACCGACAGCGAGGAGGAGAUCAGAGAAGCUUUUCGUGUCUUUGAUAAGGAUGGGAACGGAUAUAUCAGUGCUGCUGAGCUGCGCCAUGUGAUGACAAACUUGGGGGAGAAAUUAACAGAUGAGGAGGUGGAUGAAAUGAUUAGAGAAGCAGACAUUGAUGGAGAUGGUCAGGUCAAUUAUGAAGAAUUUGUACAGAUGAUGACAGCGAAGUGAAGGCCUUGUACAGAAUUUCUUGUAUAAAAUUAUAUGCCUUUUCUUGUUUUUAAUUUCUGUACAAUGUUUCAUUUUAAU